UGCCCCUCGCUCCCAUGCCGCCCAGCCCACCACCAGCACCAGCACCAACCCCUCCUCCACACCACCCAGUCACUUCACACACACUUCGCUCUCUCUCCCUCACUCACUCACUCCCAGCGCUCCCUCGCAGUGGUCACAGCUCCUCUCCUAAUCUCUACAUCCCUCCACCUCCUCUUUCUCUCCCUGAUCCCGCUCCAGCUGCUGUCGUCACCUCCACAAAUUACGGAUUCCUCUCCCGAACUUCCCAGGACGACUCUCAUUCCCAGCCCGCUCCGUUUCUUCACCCCCGGAGGGGCCGGUUGGUGUGCGACAGAGUGUGCGAGGGCUCUGGUUUCGGGCUCUUUACCCCCAGGGACCCCCUUGAGGCUGUGACCGGAGCAGGAAAGUUUCCAGCGCCAUGAGUGUUCGCCUGCUGCUCCUGUUGGCCCUCGUCGGCCCAUUCGGCGCCUUCACGCACGCAAGCCCCACGGAGCUGCCUGGAGACUGGACCUCCUCCUUCACGCAGACGGACCAGCCCGUCUCCACCGAGGCUGCCACAACAGAAGGCUUCUCCACCGCCGCCUCCCUUCCUCCUACAACCGAAGCGGCGACCGCAGCGGCGACCGCUACGGAGGCCGACGCUGUCACAGAGGUCACCACCGUUCCACUGACUCAGACAAACACUCCGGACGUUACUACUGCGGUGACGGACCUCACCAGCGAACCCAUCACUCCGGCUGCAGGGACCGAAGGGCCCACCGAGCUGGUGGAGACCGUCCAAACCGCCGUGGUCAAAGGUGGUCAAGCAGAAGUGAGCGAAGAGGUGGUUGUUGAAGACGAGGCAGUGGGGGGCCUGGGCUCAGGCCAGGUAGUCGGCAUCGUCAUUGGCGCUCUGGUGGCGGCGGUGGUCGUCAUCGCCGUGGUGAUCGUUGUGAUGCGGAGGAUGGGGAAAUACUCCCCUUGAGGAAAAAGACGACCAAGCAGGACCACCCAAAGUUCUGGAAAUUUUGAACUACUGAACUGUAACGCCAUUUCCCGCCAACGCAACGAGCUCGACACCAGAACCGAACCCCAUCCGACCCGGUGUCUGCGCCGUUACCAAAAAGCAAACGGAAGAGGGGGGAGCCGAGCCGGUGUGUGUUUGUGUGUGUGCGAGACGAGGGAGGCACACGAGCACACACCCUCCCUCCCCCCGCUGCCUCCCUGACCCCCCGUGGAGCUGCUGAUGUCUUCCACACUCCCCGAUGAAAUAAGCUGAUGACGCAGUCUCACAAGAGUCUCAUUAAAGAGGUUGUCAAGUAAAUUGAAUAUAACAAACUAAAGGUAAAUGAAGUACAGGUGGAAGGUGGGAGCAGAGAACAAACAGGCAAGACUGUUACAAAUUCCACAGUCUGUGUAUAAAAUGCAAGGGGACGACUUAGUAUAGGGCUAGAGUUACUACUUAUCUGCUAGACGACACAUGCAGUCACUGUAUGAACACCCGGCUCGGCACCGUCGACGUGACGCUCGGCCCGCUGUAGCACGGACGCAGAGAGAAGUCGUACGUAUCUGUGAAAUUUAGCAGAAGGGUUUGUGCCGCCGGCGCCUCUGGUGUUCUCCGAGCAGGAUUUUUUAACGUUUGAAGUGCAUUAAUAAUGUGAAUUGACUGUACUUUACUGCUGCCACCCAUUCCAAAAACAACAGCUUUGACGACCUAUGGCUUGUUCCAGUCACACACACACACACACACACACACACACACACACACACACACACACACACACACACACACACACACACACACACACACAGAGGUGGUUAGAUAGAGUAACAAAGGAGUCAUAGUACUUUGUCAUUAGGUAGGUUACCAGAGCAGCCAUUCAGCCUUUAAACAGCUCCAACCACAGAUUACCCACGUUUUCUAGAUGCACUUAGCUUCAGUGCGCAGAGUUAAAGCUCUUUUUUUGCUACUUUUGCAGUUGCAGCCGCACUAAAUGGACGUACGUGUACAAUUAAUGACCUGGCUCUGCUUGCUUUAUACAGUAAACCUGUUUAAUACGUGCACUGAAUGAGUGAUGUUACGUUUCAUGAAUGAGCUUCAGACACUGCAAUCGUUUGCAACGACGUGUUUUCUGCUUUGCCGCAUCUCAUCUGUUUGACUCUUUUAUUUAAUUGCGGUGUUUUUGUUCAUGGUGUUUCAUUAAAUAAAAAAGAAACUGUAAACACACUGAAUGCACUAAACAUUUCAGUAAACGCUUUACUGAAGG